AUGACGGUUUACAAUGAUGGCAAUACAGUUGCGGUACCCCAGAUUGAUCUGUUGACCUUCCUUUUCGAAUCUAGACACUGCGCUGCAGUAGAGACCACGCCGUUACAUGCGGACGCCAACGACCCUGCCAGAGUCAUUACGAAGUCCGAGGGGCGGGUACUUACUCAGCAGAUUGCCUACUUCCUCCGCCACCGAUACCGCAUUGGCAAGAAUGGUGGUCAAGAUGUGGUUGUGACGUUGUCAACAGGCCAGUGUGGUCUGCCCUGCUUAUUCUACGGAGUUGUUGCGGCCGAAGGUGUAUACUCUGCCGCAAGCCCUGCAGCGACUGCCGAUGAACUGAGCCGCCAGAUACGCGAAGGAGCAGCCAAGCUGCUUGUUUGCAGCCCGGAUCUCAAGUCACUGGCAAUUGCUGCGGCGCGACUGGCCGAGUUGCCACAAGGCAACAUUCUCAUCCUCGAAUCGACACCAAGGUUGAAGCUUGCGAGCAUAGAUGGGAGCAUCAGCUGCGGGUUUGAGCAUCAACUCUUAUGGCGAGUUAUCACAGAUCAAAAGAAACUGGAAGAAAUUCCCAUAUGCAUUCUUUACUCAUCUGGUACUACGGGGUUGCCCAAGGGGGUAUUGAUCUCCCAUGCCAACAUGGUUGCUGAGGCGUUCUUGCCAGCAUCAAUCAAUCGGCCAAUCUGGCAGAAUUGGGCUGCUAAAGGCAAAGCUUUCGAAUCUCGCACGAUCGCUCAUUUGCCAACGCCGCAUAUCUCAGCUGUCCAAGGAUACUUUGUGAACCCUUUUUUCGACGGCGGCAUUGUGUAUUGGAUGCCCACAUUCGACUUCGGGGAUUUCCUCAAAUACAACUUGCAAUUGCGGAUCACCACUUUCUUCAGCGUGCCCAAGAUAUACUCGGCUCUCGCUAGACACCCAGCAGUGACAGAUCAGCUAGCCAACCUCCGCAUUGCAUAUUCUGGAGCUGCUCCACUAUCAAGGGAUGCCAUAGAGAGCACCAAGUUUGGAGGCCAUGGGGAUGAGAGGACUCUGCUCAGCGAAACGUGGGGUUCCAGCGAAACAACCGGGGCCGUAACACAUAUGCCGCCCAACAGACGCGACACAUCCGGAAGUGUAGGGGUGAUACUGCCAAACAUGGUGAUGAGACUCGUCGACGAACAUAACAAUGAUGUCCCAGCAGGUGAGGUUGGAGAAGCACUGUUAAAAGGACCAAUCAUCACAAAAGGUUAUUACUGCAACCCGGAGGCCAACCAAGUUGCCUUUACCGAGGAUGGAUGGCUGCGCACUGGCGACAUUAUCAAGAUCAAAGGCGAUCUGCUAUAUGUGGUGGGCCGACGAAAGGAGAUCAUCAAAUAUCAAGGGUAUCAGGUCCCUCCGGCCGAGCUGGAAGCGCUAUUAUGCACGCAUCCAGCCAUUGUAGAUGCGGCAGUCAUCGGCAUUCUUGCCGAAGAAACAGAGUUACCAAGGGCAUUGGUAGUACUAAAGCCGCACAUCCGUCUCGGAGAAAUCUCUGAGGACGAAGUUGUCGACUUCAUUAGUCAGCGGGUCUCUGAGCACAAGCAACUACGAGGUGGAGUAAGGUUCGUGGAAUCCAUUCCGCGACUGUUAUCUGGAAAGAUCUGGCGGGCAAAGUUGAAUGAGCUGGCAUGGGAGAUCGAUGAUAGCAACUAA